AUGCCGGGAAAGACCAUUUCGCCAUACAAGCAGGUCCCAGUGACCAAGGCUGAUCUCGAUUGGGCCGAGCUCGUCACGCUUGACCUGAGUCAAUUCGAUAAGCCGGGAGGCAAGGAGAAGCUCGCGGAGCAGCUCACCUACGCAGCGCAGCAUGUCGGUUUCUUCUACGUCAAGAACUUCGGCAUCAGCCAAGAGGAGGUCGACAGGCAAUUCGCACUGGGUCGCGAGUUCUACGACCUGCCGCUGGAGGAGAAGCUGAAGUACCACAACAUCAAGGAUCUUGAGAGCGGAGAGUACAACGGAUACAGGCCUGCUGGUCUCCGAAAUCUCACGGAAGACGGUAGCGUCAAAGACAACAUCCAGGUGUACAAUAUCCCCAAGUUCGAUGGCUUCCACAACCGCCAGCACCCGCCGGUUCUGGCAGACCACAUCAACGAAAUCGAGCAGUUCAGCCGGAAAUGCCACGAGCUCGUCGUGAAGAAGCUCCUGCGUCUCUUCGCCAUCAUCCUCGAGCUGCCGGACGAGGAGCAGCUGGUGCGCGAGCACGUGUACGACGACCGGGGCGAGGACCACCUUCGGUACAUGCACUACAAGGCGCGCACGCCCGAGGAGAAUCGACGGAUAGGCAGCCUCUUCACGCCGGGGCACACGGACCUGGGAAGCGUGACGCUGCUGUUCCGGCAGCCGGUGGCGGCGCUGCAGAUUCUCAACAACCAGGGCCAGUGGAAAUGGGUCAAGCCGCAGGACGAGACCAUCACCAUCAACAUCUGCGACGCGCUCAGUGCCAUCACCGGCGGCUAUCUGAAGAGCAGCAUCCACCGUGUGCACUCGCCGCCGGAUGACCAGGCGCACGUCGAUAGGCUGGGCGUGCUGUACUUUGCGAGGCCGAACAACCAUGUCGUCCUGGACCCGCUCAAGAACAGCGGGCUGCUGAAGCGGUUGGGGCUGGAGGAGAAUGAGUUCACCAAGCUUGGACAGCACCUGACGAUGGAGGAAUGGGUGAAGGUCAGGCAGUCGCAGCAGCAGCGGAGGACACAGGCGCCGAAGAUAAGCGAGGAUGGAAAGUAUGAGUACACAAAGAAGGACUUGGAGAUCCUCCCGGGCUUGCAUGCGAAGAUCCACAACUAG